UCCGUGAGAUACGCUGAUAACCUCGAGAGAGGGUCAAGGAUUUUAGUCGUUUCUAUACUGAAAAAAAGCAGACGAGACAGGAUGAAGUGAGCUCGUGAGAGAGCGCGUCUUCCGCUGUCGACGUCGACAAACUGUUCUCCUUUCGAACGACAUUUCUCGUGUGUGUCAUGCACAUCGUUUCUGUCGAGCGUCACUCACGCUGCGUCUGUCUCGUUGCUUCCGAUUCUCUUCUCUUUUCGCUGUUCUCGUUCCUCUUUUCUUGUCUGGUUCUCCUCCUGGGUCCGUCGCCUUUACGUUCUCUUGGCGCGUUCUUUGAUCCCUCUUCCUUCCAUUUAUUCUGUCUCGUCUCUCCGGUUUUCUCCUCUCUCCUCAUCUUUCCCUUUCUCGAGUCGGCUUUCUCUCUCUCCUAUCCUCCUUUGCUCUCUUCUUCCAACGUCUCCCUCUCCCUCCUUUCUUCUCUACCUUCUUCCCCCUUCUUUUUCGAGUUGUCGCUCUACUCCUGCGUCAAGAGACGGUAAACUGAGUCGAUUCGUGGGUGGCUCGUCCACUCCUUCUCCUCUGGCGGCGGUGCUGCUCAUUCAGUUCCACCGAUACGCACGAGAGAAACUCAAGAACCUUGCCUGCUCGCAGACGGAGAGGAGACGGAACAGCGAACAGAAAGGCAAAGAGCGGAACGCAAUGUAGAGAGACGGCGAGGACCGGCACACAGGAAGACGAGACCGAGAGGAAAGAAUGGAGAUGAUGGAGAAGCGAAGGAGUCGAGAGGCGGCACCCGAAGUGAAAGAGGAGAGCCGAUGCGCCCUGCAACGACGGCAGUCUGUCGAAGCCUCCCAGGAAGGUACCAGACGACUUGCGGCACAGAGCAACGUCCCAGAAGAGAGGAGAGUCGUCACGGAGAAGCCUGUUCGACAGAGAAGCCCGGGAGCUGUCGACUGGCAGGUCUUUGAGUUUUUCAGCGGCAUAGGAGGCUUGCAUGCAGGCUGGAAUCGCGCCGUCGAGAUUUUCAACAACGCGGCGGGUGUACAUACACCUCAACAGGGACGCCCCGCCGUCGCCGGUUCACCUGCAAGCAAUGCGCCUGUCGGUCCCCAGGAAACAGCGGCUUUUCAAGCCGACGGAAUACCCUGUUCUCAAUGUAUCUACGAUUCGGAGACACCGCAGGGGCUGCCCUCAGUUCCUGUCUCCUCCUCAUCCUCACGCGAGUCUGCGACGACCGUCCGUCUGCAUGCGCCAGUGUGUCGCGCGUACGAUGUGAAUACGACGGCGAAUCAGGUGUACGCACACAACUUUGGCUUGGCGCCCCUUCCGCUCUCGUUGGAAUACGUCCCGGCGGCUGUUCUAGGAGAAGUGAGAGAGGCUGAAAAGCUCAAAAAUGCAGAAACGCCGAUCUGUAAGGCAAACCCGCAGGCACUGGAGGCGCCUGCCGCGCGGCCGGGGACGCCUCUGAACAUGGGCGAAGAAGACGAGAUGAGAGAUUUGAAAGCACCGAUCAUCUCUGACACGCAGCGGGAACAGAACGGGAGAACAGCGAAUGGAUUCGACACUCCAUCAAUAAAGAAAAAGUUGAGGAGAAACGACGCAGCCGCAGACGUCUGGCUCCUGUCUCCGCCGUGUCAACCUUACACGCGAGGGGGGAAGCGCGAGGAUCUUCACGACCCGCGCGCGCGCGGCCUUCUGCAUCUUCUCGACUGUUUGGAGCGUCUGAAGACUCCUCCGAAGCUGCUUUUUCUGGAGAAUGUUCGCGGCUUCGAAGAGUCGCAAACGCGACAGCGCCUUCUCUCAGUCCUGAAAAAAAAGGCGUACACAGUCGAAGAAUUUCUCCUCUCACCCACCCAGCUGGGGUGUCCCAACACGCGCGUUCGGUACUACUGCCUGGCCGCGAGGACCGAGCGAGCUGAGGAGGAAGAAAACGAAGAAAGCGAAAACGCGGAUGGUGAGCGCGAGCGCGAGGAAGGCAAAGGCCGGCUAUACGGGACAGGAGGAGGAGGAGGAGCUCGUGGAGAGGCGGAAGAGACAGAAGGCGAAGGAGGAGGCGGCUCCGGUGGCUUGCAGGCCGGCGGAGACAAGUGUCAAAAGGGCUCUUUACUCGUGGCUAAAAGCGAGGAGACUGCUGUGCGAGGAAAGAGAAACAGCGAAUCAGACAAUCCAUUCAACCUCUGUAUCAGUCCCCCGGCAGCCGCCCUCGAACUGUGGUGUCAGUACACUGGAGUGCCCUGCGUGCGGCUGCGUGCAGACCCAGAGACAGCUGCUGGGUUCCCGUGGAGGCUUUCUGCCUCGCCUUCUCAAGCGUCUCCUUCCUCCCUCUCGCCGAGGCGUCCGUCCGCGGUUCUGCAGCCUGUAGCGCGACACAUUGGAGCUUUUCUCGACGCGUUUCUGAGUCCCGACAAGCUGCGAACUCUGCAAGUUCCCUCGACCAAGCUUCGGCGAUUCAUCGGCUUUGAUCGGCCGCGAUGUUCUCACACGCGCCUCCAGAAAAAACGAGAGCGCCUGGCAAAUUUGUCGUCUGGGCAGGCGUCGAAGCUCGAGCGCGAAGCCUGGGAAGCGAGCACAAAAGAGUCGUGUACGCAGAAGGCCUACGACGGCUCUGCGAGCGGGCCGGAGGGAGCGGAGCAUUCGGGGAACUCCGCGGGGCCUCCCGAGUGCACCUGUGCAUGCUGUCAAGAGGGCAACUGCAGCUGUGCUUCGUUCGUCUUUCGGUUGGAUGUCGUGACGCCAGAAUCGACUGCAAGUAGCACUUUCACCAAGGGAUACACAACCAAUAUUCACACUGGGGGACCUCUUCUACUCGUUCCGGAUGUGUCUCUUGUCUCUUCUUCAGAACCAUCUGACGAACCGCCUCCUUUCUGCUCUUCUACUUCUUCAUCUUCUUCUUGCUCUUCUUCUUGCUCUUCUUCGUCCUCGUCUCUCUCUGCAUGUCCUUGCAUGCAGUCGUCUGGAUCUCCUUCUGCGGUGAGGGCGGUUCGAUGUGUUCAGGAGGUGGGGAGUCCUUACCAGCAUGUUUUUGCGACGGAGGAGCUGGACAAAACGCGUUUCCAGCGUGCGCUUCGAGCGACAGACUUUGUCCGCUUCUUCUCGCGCGAGGAGCUGCUGCGGCUGCACGGAUACCCUCCGUCUUUCUCGUUUCCUCUGUCGAUCCGAGACGCAAAGGCAGCAAGCCUGGUCGGAAACUCUGUAAAUGUGGACGUUGUCGCGGUGUUGCUUCUGCAUCUGCUUCUCGGCUUCUUCUCUUGCCGACGAGACUGACUCAGACCUCGGGGGCCGUCGUGUGCAGCAUGAGAACAGAGCUCUCUGGGUCUUCCGUGUCGAAGGCCAUUUAUGUUUCGAAUCCAACUACUAGCCACUCGCCGACCCCCGUGACACAGGGUGCUUGGUCCAGCCGCUUACCACUGAUGAUGCUUCUGUCGUGGACGCCGACACAGGGUCGCU